AUGAAAACUCUGCCACUGCUAGUGUGCAUCUGUGCAUUCAGUGCUUGCUUCAAAGUCAGUGAAGGUCAAAGAAGGGGCUGGAAUAUAUAUCCCAGAAGGAAUUUUGGCCCUCGUAGAGUUAUAAUAGUCCGCCGACCACUGUUUUAUCCUCAAUUUCGACCUGACCAGAAACAAGUCUAUCACAUUCAUCACCGCAAAUACUACACAAAUUACAGAAUCCAAAAACAUUACUGGCCACAUAAUUGUUUAGUUAAAAAUAGCACCGUCGUUAAGAAUAAUACUUCAGGGGCUCCCACCCAAGUUCCACUCACAUCUAUUUCUGUCAAAAGUGCUCCUUUUCCAGAUGAGAAACCUACUCAGGAUUAUAUCACCAACUCUGUGGAAGAAAAUACUGACACCCCAGACUCUUCAACUAUGACAUCAGCACAACAACCCCCAAAUACACCAACAACACAAACAGAGACUACAGUUUCCCCUGCUGUUGAACAAACAACUUUAUCUCCUACUCAAAAUGCAUUUUUUCAAUUCUUGCAAUAUGUGGAUAGCAUAGUACAGUACCUUUCUGAUCUUGUAAAGAGUCAAUAG